GACCUCUUUUGUGAAACAGCAUCUGAGGAGACUCCAGUACUUGCGAUGGCCGAUGAAAAGCCCAAAGAAGGAGUCAAGACUGAGAACAACGACCAUAUUAAUUUGAAGGUGGUGGGGCAGGAUGGGUCUGUGGUGCAGUUUAAGAUUAAGAGGCAUACACCACUUAGUAAACUAAUGAAAGCCUAUUGUGAACGACAGGGUUUAUGGAUGAGGCAGAUCAGAUUCCGAUUUGAUGGGCAGCUGAUCAAUGAAAGAGACACAUCUGCACAGUUGGAAAUGGAGGAUGAAGAUACAAUUGAUGUGUUCCAGCAGUAG